AUGGAGCAACUCUCAAGAAUGGCUUUUAUUGAAAAUCAACCAGAAGAUCCUGUCGAGUUGUUUUCUAAUUUAAUAACGGCCUACAAAACAACAAAUCCUGAAAUACCAUUUAUUCCAAUGAAUAUUGCUACAAUUGAUGAUGAAUUUGGAGUUCUUAAUCGUUCUGUUGUCUAUCGUGGUCUUGAAGAUGGUCAUAUUAUUUUCGUUACAGAAAAGAACACAGUUAAAUAUGCAAAUUUAAUUAAGGAUCCAAGGACUUCAAUUACAUUUCUAUUUGAAAAAAUCGAAUGGAAUGGAGUAAAUUCAAUAUGGCAGGUAAUAGUAACUCAUUCAUAA